AUGCUCUCAUUCUUGAGCCCUCGGGCUGCCAAGGUCUUAUCACCAGUGUGUACCUUGACUGAAUCUACGUCUUCCAUGACCAUUUGCAAAACAAAUGAGCAAGAGGAAGAUGAAGAUACUAUUGCAGACAUUCACGAGACUCAAUUUCGUACAUCUCACUCAUGCCGAGGAUAUGAUAGCAACCAGCGCACGCGCAACCAAUUCAGACCACGAAAUACGACAAAAGGCACGACUAGUUACCAACUUCGACAGUAUGCAGAGGCUACACUAGGUGGGGGCAGUCUGAAGAAGAUUGUCAAGUUACCAGAGGGAGAGGAUGAGAACGAAUGGCUAGCUGUCAACAUGGUCGACUUCUAUAACCAUAUCAAUCUCCUCUACGGUUCGAUCACGGAAUUCUGCUCUCCUCAAUCCUGCCCCGAGAUGAAGGCCACAGACGAAUUUGAAUACCUAUGGCAAGAUUCGGAGAACUUCAAACGCCCCACCAAGAUGCCAGCACCGACGUAUAUCGAACAUCUGAUGGGCUGGGUUCAGAGUAACAUCGACAACGAAGCGGUGUUUCCUAGCAGAAUAGGCGUACCAUUUCCCAAAUCAUUCCCCAGCAUGAUUCGACAAGUCUUCAAGCGAAUGUAUCGUGUAUACGCCCACAUCUACUGCCAUCACUACCCGGUCGUUCGAGAGCUUGGUCUUGAAGCGCAUCUAAACACCAGUUUCAAGCAUUACGUACUUUUCAUCCACGAGCACAAUUUGUCUAGUGGAAAAGAUUUCUGGGGUCCAUUAGGUGAUCUUGUCGACAAUAUGCUAAGAACCGACUAG